ACAGACAUGGAGAUCGUGAACGGAGGCAAGAUCAUUCUCGGUCUGAAAAUCAAACUGAUUCUAUUUUAUGUAGGUGCCGCAGGCGACUGCACCGUCUCGGUCUCUCAACCGAGUCAGCUCACGGUGGACUACACUCAAGAGGCCGUUACCCUGCAGUGUUCCUUCUCCACAGCCGGGUGCCCUUCAGAGCCCCCAACGAGCCUGUGGUUUCGCUAUGGUGCUCAGCAGCCCGAGAACCUCUGCUCGGAUGGAUGUAGAAGUGAGGCAGACAAGUUCGUAGUGAGGGAAGCCCUGGCACAGAACCAAGUUUCUCUCACUGUGCACCGGGUGGCUUUCAACGACAGUGCAAUCUACAUCUGUGGGAUAGCCUUUCCCAGUUCACGGGAACCCAGGGCUAAGCGAACCGGAGGAGGGACCACGCUGGUGGUUAGAGAAGUUAAGCUUCUGAGCAAGGAACUGCAGAGUCUCCUGACAGCUCUCCUAACACUGCUCUCUAUCUAUGUUACCGGAGUCCUCGUGAUCUUCAUAGUCCUCUCCAAAUCGAAAUCUGACACUCUAAGAAACAAAGAAACAGAAGAUUCACAAAAGAAGAAGAGUGCCCGGCGUAUUUUUCAGGAAAUUGCUCAAGAACUAUAUAAUAAGAGACACGUGGAAACAAGCCAACAACCUGAGAAGGACAACACUUAUGAAAACAGAAGAGCACUUUCCAACUAUGAAAGACCAUAAAAUCUUUUAAUUUUCAAUUAAGUCACUUAAAA